GUAAACACCGCGCCAGGGGUAGUUUCCCGUUUAUUAACACAUCUAUAACCAUCUUCCAGAGUACUGUCUCAAUACAAUCUACAGUUCACAUCCCCCAUCGCUCUUUCAACGUUCAGCUUCUUGAGGCUGCCGCGUAUGGAUGCAACCAAAUCCUCACUAAAGGUCAAUCGACCGGUCGGCUUUGCUGCGAAGUUCAAUACCAGCAGACAUGCCUUAGGUCUCUGUCGCUGCGUGAUCGUCACCUGUCGCUACACUAUUCCCAAUUCUGGCAUGGCGCAUAACUCCAUCAAAGCCGUCGUGGAAAAUGCACUUGCUUCUGUCAUCAGUCGGCAUCCCAUGUUACGCGUCGGGAUAGCAGACGAGGAUACUGCCGAUCCAGUCUACGUCGACCUAGAGGCGAUUGACCUUCGACAGGUGAUUGAAUGGAAGGAGAAGACUUGUCACGACAAUGAUGAGUACACGGAUUAUCUGCUGCGCUCGAUCGAAGCACAGCAUGGUCAACUUUGGGAAGAUCUCGCCCAUCGUCCCGGUUGGAAGAUAAUCAUCCAUCAAAAUUUGGGUGCUGCGCCGACAGAUGAUGUUGAGAUGGACGUCUCCUUUGCUUUCCACCACGCAAUCGGCGACGGCCAAAGUGCCCUCAUAUUCCAACGCGAUUUCCUCCGCGCCUUGAAUGCAGGUGCUUCUACCACGGACCUGGCAGACCACAUGCUUCACUUGAGUUCGUCAACCGUUCUGCCCCGCCCUUUGGAAGCUGUGGUGCCUCUCACCAUCUCCUGGUCCUAUUUCUUGCAGGUCAUGGUAAAUCUCAGUUGGAGGAAACUUGCGCCGUCUUGGCUGAGAUCCGAACCGGCCCCCGAUACAAUUCCUUGGACCGGCGAGCAAGUUACCCUUGAGCCGUACACGACCAAUAUUCGUCUCUUGUGGAUCCCUGACAAACCGGUCAAAACUCUCUUGGCCGCAUGCCGUCAACAUGGCACCACCUUAACACCGCUCUUCAAUGCGCUUAUCCUAGCCUCUCUGUCGUUUCGUUUGCCUGUUGCUUCCGCCCCGGCUUUCCAUGCAGGCACACCCAUAUCUCUACGACGAUUCACCGAUCCCGACUUUGACAGGGAAAAUGCGAUGCAUUGUCUUGUUACAGAGCAUAAAUAUCCGUUCAAUGCACCGCUGGUGUCUGAAAUUCGUGCGGCACUCAUCCAAGAUGACCCAAGACAACCCGAUGUCGCCGAGUCACUCCUCUGGCGCACGGCAGCCGAGCUAGGCAAAAGUCUGAGCUCCAAAGUCGCCACCUUGCCCCACGACGACCAAAUAGGACUCCUCGCAUACAUCUCGGACUUCAGUAAAUUCUGGUUGGAGCAAAUCGGUACCAAGAGAAAGGACAGCUGGUCAGUCAGCAACGUGGGUAGCUUGAAGGCAGCCGACUCCAAGGGCCCACAGGGAGCGGCUGGCUGGCAGAUCAAGCGCUCCAUCUUUACGCAAGGCGCGCUGCCCAUGGGCGCUGCCUUCGAUGUCAAUGUGGCUGGUGUGGAGGGCGAGGGGAUUUGGGUGUCGCUUAGUUGGCAGGAAACGGUUGUUCUGGCCGAGGUCAUGGAUCAUGUCGUGGAGGAUCUGCGGACUUAUGUUGAUGGGUUUGGGAGUGAUGGAAAAUUUAAAUUCACGUCUUGGAACUAAUUUUCCUCGAUGUUAAGAGGGGUGGUAUUUUUCAAAUGGGUGAUGGGGCAGGAUGUCAUGGGAUGCGAAGGUACUCCUUUCCGCGAGUACUUGAAAGUCAUGACUGCCCAGGCCGACUUAUGUACGACUACACGCGUCAUAAUUAUUAAUGUGUAAUACAUCUUAUUACCCCC